AUGGCCGUUGUUCACUUCGUGCAACAUCAAGCGGAAGGACGCGAACACCUCCACCGUCGCGUGUUCCUCGCCAAAAUAAACCCUCUUGAGACUAUGGACGACGACAAACUCAUAGCAGACUACCGGUUUCCCCGCCACUCUAUUCUUAAAAUUACCGAAUUAUGCGCCCCAUUCUUGCAAAGGCGAACCAACAGAAACCACGCCCUUCCUGUACAACUCCAAGUUCUAGCCGCACUAAGAUUUUAUGCAAAGGGGGUUUUCCAGCUUGAUCUUCAAGGAUUGACGGAAAUAUCACAGUCAAAAUUAAGUCGAGUGAUACAAGAUGUCUCCCUUGCAAUUGUGCGACAUGCCCCAACGUUCAUCCGGUUCCCAACUACGGAUGACGAAAUUUUAAGAACAAAACAAGCGUUCCACGCCAAGGCUGGUUUCCCAAAUGUUCUUGGAGCUGUGGACGGAACAUUAAUCAACAUUCAGGCCCCAAGUGGUCCAAUAUGGAUUGAUAAGACGGGUGGGUGCAUGAUGUACCGGCCCAAUCGUGCGUGCCGAAUUAUAGGAGCUAUAGCUGUACUUCACAAUUUGAGAUUGGAAUUAAACCUGCCAGAGUAUCUUGAAGGUAAGUCAAUAACAUUAUGUAUAUAUUUAUGGAAAGGUUACCUGGGAGUCAACAUAACCUCUUUGAUAAAUGUCCAUUAG